UCAUCACAAGCCUAUCCGCUCAUGUGAGUUGUGACAGGCUGACAACAACAUAAUUAAUUAAACUUUUACUACAAAGUUAGCUCCCUUGACCAUUGACUGGAUCUCGUCGCGAUUUUUUCCCAUAUUACAUUACACCUGUCCUAACCCCUCCCAACCAACGUGCGUACACCACAUACCCUAUAUAGUAAUCGUAAUGCUCCGGGUUUAUAAUGCACAUCUUUCUUAACAGUUAUCACUAUAGUACUUUUUGAGAUUAACAACAAUAAUCUCUCUUCAGAUCCGCCAUUUCAUCUCUCUAAGAAAUCUUUAUUGUACUUCUCCCUCUCUCCUAUAUAUAGACUCCUUAUUGUAAUUAUAACAACAACAAUUCUAAUAAUGGCGGAGAAUAACAAGUAUUUCUCAGGUGACCGGCGGCAGCCGGGUCGUUUGCAGAAGAAAGCGCCGGCAUCGAUUCAGAUUAAUCGCGCCAAGGACUGGAAUGUGGCCAUACCGCUUCUAUCGCCGUUGGUUACCUCGCCGGCUUCGAACGAUUUGACGGCCGCAGCAGAUAAAUUGUGUUCGAAUUCGAACAGGGAGAAGAAGGGCGAGGCUAGAGAAGCGGAGAAGGCUCCGACGACGGCCUUCAAGGAGUGGCAGCAUCCGGCAGCUCCGUUUUCUUUCGAGCCGGCUCCCUUUGUGAAGUUUGUUUCUACUGGAAACGCCGAUAGAUGAUCUUAGAUCUGAGCGCCGCCGCCGCCCAAUUCUAGUAUUUUUCUCUCUGUUUUUAGGUUUCUUUUCUUAUUUUUGUGUGCCUGGCGGAAGUACAUAUUUAGCCCUAUAAUGAAUGCCUUCGUUUCCAUAUUUUAGCCAUCUUGAAAGGAAUUUAACACUAUGAAAAAACAGUUAAUUUUUGAGCAA